AUGGCGUAUGGCAAUAUCUCACCUUCAUCUUAUGAUCUUCUCCAUCCCUCUUCAGGAGACGAAAAGAGCAAACACAGGAAGAAACACCUGGUGCAGAGCCCUAAUUCCUACUUCACGGAUGUGAAGUGCCCAGAGUGCUAUAAAAUCACCACGGUCUUUAGCCAUGCACAAAUGGCAGCUCUGUCUGUUGGCCGUGCCACUGUCCUCUGCCAGCCUACAGGGGAAAAAGCAAGGCUUACAGAAGGAUGGUCCUUCAGGAGAAAGCAGCACUAA